AUGUCAAGUUUACCAACACAAAACAUGGACAGUCCUGAGGCAGGAGCCGGUGAGGACGAGUUGAAUCAGCGACAUGAGGCAUGGGGAAGGUUGUUUCCUUUGAGUUCGAGUUUUGUUGCAGUUGAAUUGGUGUCCAGCGAUUACACAUUUGGACGAGGAACAGAUUGUGAUGUUUCUUUUACUGAUUCAGCAGAAAAUAACCUGUGCUUUCAAGCUUACAGCAAAAUUCACUUCCGGUUAUCAAGGGCAGAUACACGAACAGGCAUUCAUAUAUUUUUGGAAGAUACCAGCAGUAAUGGCACCUUUGUUAAUGGGCAGAAAGUUG